GAGGCUAUGGAGUCCUAUAUUUCAGACUCCUUGGCAGCUGGCCUAAUCCGUCCAUCUUCCUCACCCAUGGGAGCAGGGUUCUUUUUUGUUGAAAAGAAAGACAAGACUCUACGGCCCUGUAUAGACUACAGGGGCUUAAACGAUAUCACCAUUAGAAACAAGUACCCUCUCCCCCUGAUUGACUCUGUUUUUGGUCCCCUCCACCAGGCCACCAUUUUCUCCAAGUUGGACCUACGUAAUGCUUACCACUUGGUGAGAAUCAAGGAGGGGGAUGAAUGGAAGACUGGUUUCAACACACCUCUGGGACAUUUUGAGUAUUUAGUCAUGCCUUUUGGGUCAACCAAUGCACCAGCUGUCUUUCAGUGUCUCGUUAAUGAUGUUCUCCGCGAUAUGCUCAAUAGGUUUGUUUUCGUUUAUUUAGAUGAUAUUCUGAUUUUCUCUCACACCCUUCCAGACCAUGUGCAACAUGUCCGACUGGUUCUUCAGAGACUGUUAGAGAACAGACUUUUUGUAAAAGCUGAGAAGUGUGAGUUUCAUGUCUCUUCUGUCAGUUUUCUGGGCUUUGUGGUGGAGGAGGGGCAGAUCAGGUCAGACCCUGCGAAGAUUAAGGCAGUGGAGGAAUGGCCCACUCCUACUUCUAGGAAGCAAUUGCAAAGAUUUCUUGGUUUUGCUCAUUUCUACCGCAGAUUUGUCUGUAAUUACAGUCAAGUAGCUACUCCACUAACCAAUCUAACCUCUCCCAAGUCACCCUUCAUUUGGUCACCUGCAGCUGAAGCAUCUUUUGCCAAGCUCAAGAGUAUGUUCUCUUCGACUCCUGUGUUGUGUUAUCCCGAUCCAUCUGUCCAGUUUGUGGUGGAGGUCGAUGCCUCGGACUCUGGAGUGGGAGCAGUCCUGUCCCAACGAUCCUCCGCAGACCAGAAGCUGCAACCCUGUGCAUUCUUCUCUCGCCGCCUAACACCUGCAGAGAGAAAUUAUGAUGUGGGGAACCGGGAGUUGCUGGCAGUGGUAUUGGCCCUUCAGGAGUGGAGGCAUUGGUUGGAGGGCUCAACUCACCCUUUUGUUGUAUGGACUGACCAUAAAAACUUGUCAUACCUCCGUUCUGCCCGCAGGCUCAAUUCCCGUCAGGCCCAGUGGGCUUUGUUUCUGGGCCGGUUUAACUUCACUCUCACCUACCGGCCAGGCUCCAGGAAUGCCAAGCCAGAUGCCCUCUCUCGUCAGUACUCACCCCCCAAGGAGGAGCCUGCUGAGGACACCAUCCUGCCAUUGUCCUGUGUGCUAGGUGCAGCCAGGUGGGAGAUAGAGCAGCUGGUCCAGGAGGCCCUUUCUGACCAUCCUGCUCCUGAGAGUGGCCCACCAAACCGGUUGUUUGUGCCACCACCUGUCCGAUCCCCGGUGCUCCAGUGGGGACAUGCUUCCAAGGUGGCAUGCCAUCCUGGUGUUCAUCGAACCCUGGCUUUGCUUCGUCAGCGAUUCUGGUGGUCCUCUAUGUCCGCUGACACCAAGGAGUUUGUUUCUGCCUGCUCAGUCUGUGCCCGCAGUAAGUCUUCUCAACGUGCUCCUGCCGGUCUCCUUCGCCCCCUUCCUAUCCCCCAUCGGCCCUGGUCUCACAUUGCAGUAGAUUUUGUCACAGGCCUGCCACCUUCAGAAGGUAACAACACCAUUUUGACUGUUGUUGACCGUUUUUCUAAGUCUGUUCACUUUAUCCCUCUGUCCAAACUUCCCUCUGCCCUAGAGACUGCUAGUCUGCUCACCCAGCAUGUUUUUAGGUUGCAUGGAAUCCCCCAGGACAUUGUCUCCGACAGAGGCCCUCAGUUCUCCUCCAGGGUGUGGCAGGCUUUUUGCACGGCAAUGGGGGCAUCGGCCAGCCUAUCCUCUGGAUACCAUCCUCAGACUAAUGGCCAGACUGAGCGGGCGAAUCAAGAUCUGGAAGCAACUCUUCGCUGCCUCGCCUCACAUCACCCAGCUUCCUGGUCCUCCCACCUACCCUGGAUAGAGUACGCUCACAACUCCCUGGUCUGUUCUGCCACAGGUAUAUCUCCGUUUAUGGCUGCUAAUGGCUUCCAGCCCCCACUCUUCCCUGCGCAGGAGGUGGAAGUGGCGGUUCCCUCGGUGCCGGCGUGCCCACCAAGUCUGGCGUGA